CCGUAGAAUUUUGUCCCCAGCGCCGAGCCGUUGCCCCGCCCUCGCCGCUGCCAUGGCGGCAGCUCCGCUGCUCUCUAAAGCUGAGUAUCUGAAGCGUUACUUGUCUGGGGCAGAUGCCGGCCUGGAAGGAGGUCCAGAGGCCGUUCGGAAGCGGCGCAAAAAACGGCCGAAGCCGGGAGGCGCCGGUGGCAAGGGAAUGCGGAUUGUUGAUGAUGAUGUGGGCUGGGCAGCUAUUUCUACCACUAAGCUGGAAAAGGAGGAGGAAGAGGAUGGAGAUUUGCCUGUGGUGGCUGAGUUUGUGGAUGAGCGUCCAGAAGAGGUAAAGCAGAUGGAGGCCUUCCGCUCCAGUGCCAAGUGGAAGCUUCUGGGAGACCAUAGUGAAGAUGGACAUUUCCACCAUGACACCCCGGAUCCAUCUCCUCCUAGGAGGGUUCGUCAUGACAGCCCAGAUCCAUCCUCUCCUAGGAGAACCCGUCAUGAUACACCGGAUCCAUCUCCUCCUAGGAGGGCCCGUCAUGACACCCCGGAUCCAUCUCCUCCCAGGAGGGCCCGUCAUGACACCCCGGAUCCAUCUCCGCCUAGGAGGGCCCGUCAUGGCACCCCAGAUCCGUCUCCUCCUAGGAGGGCCCGUCAUGAUACACCGGAUCCAUCUCCUCCCAGGAGGGCCCGUCAUGACUCAGAUGCUUCUCCCCCCAGGAAGUCUCAUCGUAAUUCUUCAGGUGUAUCUCCUAGGAGAGGUCAUCAUGGUUCCUCAGGUAUCUCUUCCCCCGGAAGGGCCCAUAACCACUCCCCUGACAUAGCCCAACAUAGGAGGACUUUUGACGCUUCAGAACCACAGCAUCUCAGGAAGACCCGUCAUGACUCCCCUAAUUUGGAACUGCCCAGAACCAAAAGUAGUAAAGCUGCAGAAAGAUCCCAGAGGGAGCUGGGACCCUCCCACCCAUCACUCUCCAAGGACAGCAAGUAUGGGCGUGACUCUGACCUUUCUCCACGGAAGCGGCAAGCAAAAGCUCAUUUUGGAGCUAAGAAGCAGCUUGAUCCCAAAGGUGUCUGCCACAAAGCCUCUGACUCAGAUCUGUCUCCUCCACGGCAAAAACAAAAUUCAAGACACCAGGAUUCUGACUCAGAUCUGUCACCACCACGGAAUAGACAGAGAUGCCAGAGCUCUGACUCUGACCUCUCUCCACCCCGGAGAAGACAGAGAACCAAGUCUUCUGAUUCUGACCUCUCUCCUCCUCGAAGGAGUCCCCGUCCUGGGAAGAAGACUGCACACAUGUAUUCCGGAGCGAAAACUGGGUUGGUGACUGAUGUGCAGCGGGAGCAGCAGGAACUCAGGAAACAGGACCAAGACACCACAGCCGUUGGAGCUCAGUUUGAAUUUGCUGAAACUGUAUUUCGAGACAAGUCUGGUCGGAAGAGGAAUCUGAAACUGGAACGCCUGGAACAGAGGAAAAAAGCAGAGAAGGACUCAGAGCGAGAUGAGCUAUAUGCCCAGUGGGGGAAAGGGCUUGCCCAGAGCCGGCAACAACAGCAGAAUGUAGAGGAUGCAAUGAAGGAGAUGCAGAAGCCUCUGGCCCGCUAUAUCGACGACGAAGAUCUGGAUCGGAUGCUGAGAGAACAAGAGAGAGAGGGGGACCCAAUGGCCAACUUCAUUAAGAAGAAUAAGGCCAAGGAGAACAAGCAUAAGAAAGUGAGGCCUCGCUACAGUGGUCCUGCACCUCCUCCCAAUAGAUUCAAUAUCUGGCCUGGAUACCGCUGGGAUGGAGUGGACAGAUCCAAUGGCUUUGAGCAGAAGCGCUUUGCCAGACUCGCCAGCAAGAAGGCUGUGGAGGAGCUGGCCUACAAGUGGAGUGUGGAGGACAUGUGAUUCUCCACGGCUGUGUGGUGCUGUGGCGGCGGUGGCGUAGGCUAGCCCGACAUCCAGCUCUAAUGGUCAUCUUGCUGAUAGACACAGACCAACUUGCUGUCAGUUCUGACCUUUGGACUAGGCACCUAACCUUGGCUGUGUCCAUGUUGUCUGUGGCUGGCUUUGACAGGACACGGUGACUUCUUUAUUCCAGGAUUUGUUCUAAGCCAGUGUUUCCUUUUUACUUUAAAAAAUAAACACAUAUUUAUUUUUUGUAA